CCAGCUGCUCCUACUUUCCGCCCGACGCCCGCUAGAGGCGGACCGCCGCCGCGUUCCUUCCUCGCGCGGCCCCAGCGGCGCCCAAGCCCGCAAUGUCCGGCCCCAACGGGGACCUGGGCAUGCCGGUGGAGGCGGGCGCGGAAGGCGAGGAGGAUGGCUUCGGGGAAGCAGAGUAUGCGGCCAUCAACUCCAUGUUGGACCAGAUCAACUCCUGUCUAGACCACCUGGAGGAGAAGAAUGACCACCUCCAUGCCCGCCUUCAGGAGCUGCUGGAGUCCAACCGGCAGACGCGCCUUGAGUUCCAGCAGCAGCUCGGGGAGACCCCUGGUGAUGCCAGCCUCUAGGCUGCACACGCCCCGCCAGGCCCCAGUCCUGCCUGUCUGGGCCAGACCAGCCGAGCACUCACCACCUGGCUUAGACACCUUCUCACGGUCUGGCCUUUGGGUCUCCUGGUGGGUCUGUCACUGGGCCAGCCCCCACUGCCCAGCAUCCUUCCUGGGGCCAAGUGGGGACCUGCAACCCCGCCACUUGCCUGCCUGCCCAGCUCCUGAGUCCUCCUCUCCUCCCAGGAUUGAGGGUCCACAUUAAACAGGUCCCCCAUA